AAUUUCAUGGCUCCGAUUGACUUGAUUUGCACGCUGAGAUGGAAAGCACGACGAGCUUCAUCUCUCGCCGUCCUUCUUCCUCCUCGAUCGGCCCAAAAAAGUCCCUGCUUUUCGCCUCCUUCUCUCUGUUUGUGCGAUCUCGGCGCCAGAAUUUGCCGCUACUCGGUGUCUAGGAUUUGAUGACGGUGAAGUAGCAGAGCGAUUAAGAAACAAAGAAUUGAUUUGGAGUGUAGGUUAUGAAUAAUCUACAAGUCGUAGCAAGUAGAGGUGCAGCUGAAAUCACUUAUAAACAAGUUUUAUGACAGGAUUCUCUGGAGUUAUCUCAUCAUCACUGCCUGUUCUACCCACUUCAGUGGAGGAAAAUUAUCCUACGGUGUUCGUUUCCCAAAGAGGACAACAGGAAAUGGAGGCUUCAGAUAAUCAGUCAAAAACAGCACCUUGUCAUACCCCACCUGUAUCCCAUAUUGGCAAUGGCAGACCUUUACUAUCAUCGGCACCAGGCUCCCAAACUGAUUUCCAGUUCUCUUCCAUUUCUCACAAUGGGAGACAUCCUAUUGAUCCUCUGUUCAAUUCCCAAUCGUCUUUUGGUGAUAGGUGUUUGCCUUCAAAACAUUCAUCAUAUGCAAUGACUGCUCAACCUCCUAUAACCCAUUUCCCUAAAGAACCAACUGAAAUCUCUUGGCGUGAAGAUGCACUUACACCCAUGUUCGAUAGUUCUGAAAAUUUCACUUCAACCCACAGUCAAUUGCUAAAUGGCUGUCUCAUAACCUCUGAUGACUUCUCAAAGUCAUUUGAUUUGUCAGAUUUGAAUGAUUUUGAUGAGGCUAGUUUGGAGUUCCUCAAUGACUCAAAUUCCAAUGAACAUCAGCUGCAGGUUGUGCAACAAGCUGGCCUAGCAUCUUCAAGUUUUUCUGUGCCCCAGCCACAAAUAAAUAAAUCAGCCCUUUCACAUUCUGCGGAGCUGUGUCAUGCACCAAGUCCUUCAUCCUCUACCAACGCUACUGCAGUAAAAUCACGCAUGCGGUGGACUCAAGAACUACAUGGGUGCUUUGUAGAAGCUGUUAGCCAGCUUGGCGGUAGUGAAAGAGCGACCCCCAAAGAAGUUCUGAAGCUGAUGAAAAAGGACGGCCUGACUAUAUACCAUGUGAAAAGUCACUUGCAGAAAUAUCGAACAGCUCGUUACAGGCCAGAAUCAUCUGAAGCGGUGCCAGAAAAGACUUCUACAGCAUCUGAGAAAUUAUCUCUGGACCCGAAGAUGGGUAUUGAGAUAACUGAAACAUUGAGGAUACAGAUGGCUCUCCAGAAGCAACUUCAUGAACAACUUGAGGUUCAGAGGAACCUGCAGCUGAGAAUUGAAGAACAAGGGAGAUACCUGCAGAUGAUGUUUGAGAAGCAACAGAAGAUGGGUUUGGAGAUGAUGAAGACCAAGUCUCCAUUAGAUGAUCCCUCCACCCAAACAGUGCAUGACUCUGACAAUUCUUCAGAUGGAGCACGUUCCGCUAGCAAAAAUGGAUCUGUGGCAGCUGAUCAAGCUGAGAAGGAAAAUGCUUCCGUCGUUGCAAUAACUGAGGAAGAGUUUUCUCAAAUUGGUAACAAACAUAAAUUGCCUGAGCCUGAGCCUGUUGUUGGUGGUUCUCAUUCUCCAACCCACAAGCGAGCAAGAGGUGGUGAAAUUCAGCAGUGAAGUAGUUGCUCAGGAGGAGUUCGUGACCCUUAUCCCCGAAUAUGAUUGUUAUCGUUAUUGACUCUUUUAUUUAAAUGGUGAAUGAUGGUAACUUUUUAAUGUGUUCAGCAAAAAAAUAAGUUGCUGUAAGAGUCAAGUUUAUAUGAUUGGUUAAUUGCACUGUUAAGUCGAGAUAAUAAUCUCUUAUUCAAUCAAAUUCAAAAAGGAAAAAUCAGCAGAAGUCGAGUUCAAUCA